ACAAACGUUCAAAAAUAUAAAACAAAAAAGUAAAUAAAAAUAAGUAAAUAAAAAUUAAUUAAUCGCACACUCCUCCAAAUACCGUCGGCAAUUCGUGCACAUAUACGAGUACAAAAAUACCGUCGGCAUACACUUAUGUACAUAUUCGGUAUUCUGUAUGUGUGCGCAUCCUUUGAACGCCAUUAAAGCCAGUGCCAAGUCAGCCGCAAAGGCUGUAAAGUGAAUACCUGCCUACCCACAUACCCGCACACUCAAGUGUAGAUUUCAUUGCUGAUGCUCAUUUCCGUGCGUCGUGCGCGUAUAUGUGUGCGCCCGUGUAUGUCAAUAGAUAAUUACAAAAUUUGUUGAUGUUUGUGUGGAGCAGUCUGCAUUAUAUUAGCAUUACAAUAGUAAACGUGUUGCAUUAGCAAUGAUGCAAACUUUGAAACCGCCACCACCACUAUUACAACACCAUCAUCAACACCAGCCGACGCCGCAGCCACAGCCGCAGCCUCAUUCGUCAUUGGCCUCGUCAUUGUUUAGCAGCAGCAACAUUUCUAUUAUGAAUAAUCAUAUCCAUCAGCAGCAACAGCAACAAAACCAACAACCACAUCCUCUGCUGCAUAAUCAUCAAAAUCCACAAACGAUGAUGCAACAACCGCAGCCCAGUCACCUAGUACCUCCUUUGCCUACGCUGCCAACGCUGCCUAUAUUGCCGCCGUUGCCACCUACACUGACGCCACAGGCUCCCACAAUAAUGAAUAGCAGCAUAGGUAAAGCUAUUGGUAGUAGGAGUAUUCUACAGCAUAAUCACAGUUCCACAAGUCAACAGCAGCGGCAAGAUAACAAUAACCUGACUGUUGCCGGUGUCCAUCUUGACGAUGAACCAAAUCCUGAAAUGGUGCUCGCUUUGAUCUCAAGGAAUCGUGCGCUCGAGGCUACUAUACCGAAAUGCGGAGGCUGUCAUGAACUUAUACUAGAUCGUUUUAUAUUAAAAGUGUUGGAGCGAACGUGGCAUGCGAAAUGUUUGCAAUGCAGCGAAUGCCACACCCAACUAAAUGAUAAAUGCUUCUCGCGGAAUGGUCAGCUUUUCUGUAAAGAAGACUUUUUUAAGCCUACUAGACGAUAUGGAACAAAGUGUUCCGCAUGUGAUAUGGGAAUUCCGCCAACGCAAGUGGUACGGAGAGCGCAGGACAAUGUCUACCAUUUACAAUGUUUUCUAUGUACAAUAUGCUCUCGAACACUAAAUACCGGUGAUGAAUUUUACCUUAUGGAAGAUAGAAAACUGAUAUGUAAACGUGAUUAUGAAGACGCGAAGGCGAAAGGACUCUACUUAGAUGGCUCAUUGGAUGGGGAUCAACCAAAUAAACGACCUCGUACAACAAUUACAGCAAAACAAUUAGAAACACUUAAAACAGCCUACAAUAAUAGUCCUAAGCCUGCACGACAUGUACGAGAACAACUAUCACAAGAUACCGGACUAGACAUGCGAGUCGUUCAAGUUUGGUUUCAAAAUAGGAGAGCGAAGGAGAAACGACUGAAGAAAGAUGCUGGGCGAACGCGAUGGAGUCAAUAUUUCAGAUCAAUGAAGGGUAACUGUUCUCCGCGUACGGAAAAAUUCCUCGACAAGGAUGAAUUGAAAGUAGACUACGACAGUUUUAGCCACCAUGAUCUAAGCAACGAUAGCUACAGUACGGUCAAUCUAGGUUUAGAUGAAGGUGCUUCACCACAUAGUAUAAGAGGAUCUUAUUUGCACGGUAGUUCCAGUCCACCGCAAUAUCCUACUAGUCGAUCACCACCACCUGUGGGGCACAAUCACUCAUUUGGUUCAUAUCCCGAUAAUAUUGUUUAUACAAAUAUAGAACACAAUACAUCAUCGAAUAAUGUGAGCGCGUCAAAGGCACAUCGCGUACAUGGCAGUGCAGUUUCGGAUUUGAGCAAUGAUUCUAGUCCAGAGCAGGGCUAUCCUGAUUUUCCACCAAGUCCUGACUCCUGGCUGGGCGACUCAGGGAACACAUCGAAUCCGAAUUCGCAAACACCAGGCGUUCAUUACUGAUACUCGUACACACGCAUAUUGCUUAAGUACUUGCAAAUGCGCAACUACUCGUACUGGCGCGCCAAACAACAUGAUCAUGAAUACAAAUACACACACAAAAUCCUAUAACAUUAAAUACUAAUUGCUAUAUAAAUUAAUUAAAUACAUGUAUAUACAUACGUACAUACAUGUGCAUGUGUGUGUUUAUGUAUAAUUGCAUAUUCUCGCAUUUUACGGCAAACUUUAUUACACUUAU